AAGUUCCAAGAAACUUAAUUAAAUUCCUUAAUCCUCUCUUAUUUAUUUGCUCUAUCCAACCCUCUUUUCCCCCAUCACAAAUUGGCUAUUUCCCAAAGUACUGUGAAACUUUGAACACUUGAAAUGGGAAAGAACCAAAGCACCAUCAAAGACACUACUCAGUCCUCAGGAGUUUGUGAAAAGAUUUUCAAAGUAGUGAAUAUAACUCCAGGUUUUCGAUCAUUUCACCGCGUUUCUCCACAUAAGAAUCCAAAAUUUGCUACUAAUUCAGCUAAAGCUACUAUGUCCAAACCAGUUGCUCUUACUCAAAAUGGAUUCACUAUUCCUCUUGAGUUAAAUCGCCAGCAAAUUCCUUCACAAGAGAACAUGGUAAUAGUGGAAUACAAUCACAUUUCAGGAGACAGUGCCAUACCCAAGUUUAUUAAGGGUGAAUCUGUGAACAAGUCCUCUCAAGUAAAGAACAUGUUCAAUAUAGUUCAUCAUGAUCAUGAGAUAAAUGAAGGUUCUCCUAAAGAUGAUAAUGACAAGUUUUCUAAUUAUAUUGAUCAAGUGAAAAAUAAGAUGAGAAGUAUGUCUAGUUUUGAUGAUGAUAAAGUCUCUCAUCGCUAUGCUAUUGAUCGCUCCAAGUUCAACACUAAUUAGAACUAUAUACAACUAUUGCUGCCUUUGGUUAGGAGAACAAUUGAGGAGCUGCUACUUGAAGAACCCUAAUUAAUUUGCAGAUUAUAUAUGUAUAAAUCUCUAUGCUUUACUUAAUUAAAUAAAGGAGAAUUUUUAUUAUAGGUUCAUCUUUGUAUUAGAAAAGAUUGAAUGUUGGAAAAAGGAAAGAAGCUUUUAA